AUGUUGGGACAGUGGUACGGGAGCAAGGGAGCGGUCGAGGUGUACGAGUGGUUCAGGCCAAAAGGUGAACGACGCCUGUGGCACAGGUUCGUGUGGAAGGAGUUCGUCCCGCCAAAGUACUCCUUUACUACUUGGCAAGCUCUCAGAGGACGACUCCCAACGAGGGACAGACAGGGCUACAUGAACAUCGACCAGCGAUGCCCCUUGUGCAUGGCUCACACAGAGUCGGUGGAACACAUCUUCUUCAAAUGCCACAAGACAUGGGCAGUUUGGAAGGAGAUCAAAUCCUGGAUGGGACAUAGAAGGAACAUCACUACUAUCCAGAGCGCCAUCAAGUGGAUGCUCAAGGAAAGAAGUGGAGCGGCAGUUAUGCGCAAGGCUAGAAGACUUGCCCUCAUCGCGACAGUCAGCCUAAUUUGGAGAGGCAGAAAUGCCUUGAUUUUCGAUGGAACGACUUUUGAACCCAAGCACUUUGUGUUCGAGGUGAAGAAGGUAACAUAUUCAGUUCUAUACUCCCUUUAUCCGCAUGAGCAAGUGACCGAGCACUUGGGAGUUUAG